GGUUAAUAUACAUGACAAUGCGACAAAGUCAGUUUCCCAAUAUUCCUAAACAACUUUGUCUCCGACUUAAAACAGGAAAAAAAAGUUGAAAAUAGUGAUUUCUGUUUGAUAACAUCGUUUUCUUAGUUUUGUCGAUGUUGUCUAUCGUUUGUUCGUGAAGUUUUGAAAAGUUGCCAACAAUGAAAUAAUUUGACAGGAACUUAAACGAUUUAUUGUCCGAAAAACGUUAUAUUUACAGAUAAGAGGAAUGUGAAAUUUAUACUGCUUGGAAUAAGAGUACUAGAACUAUGACAGCUAGCGUCCAAAAGCAAACUAUCCUACCGGGUCAUAAAUGGCAAGUUUCGUGUCUAGAGUUCAGUUCCGAUGGAUUUUAUCUCGCGUCUGGUGGUUGGGACAAGAUGGUUUUAAUAUGGGACUUACAAACUCUCGAUGCUUCACAGAGAAUCGGCUUUCAUAGCCAACCUGUAACCUGCUUAUCAUUUCAACCUACAAAACCAGGACUUCUCGCCACGGGUUCUGCAGAUCAAACCGUCGCUAUAUGGAAUCCAGUAAACGGUGCUUUGGUAAAAACCCUUCAGCACCACAACAACUGGGUUUUAAGCACUUGUUUCUCGUCAAAUGGAAGGCUGCUCGCCUCUGCAUCGUGGGACAAAAGUAUCUCCGUUUCUGAUGUCGAAACAGGACAAGUCUCCAGUAGUCUGUCGGGGCAUACUACAGGGGUUUGGACUUGUGCAUUUAGCCCCGAUGAUUCUCCGAGCAGCGAUACUCUCUGCUCAGGGGCUGAAGACGGCUCGCUCAAACUCUGGGACUUGAGAUCCAAGUCAGUCGUAAUGUCACUAGUUGGUGGACACGAAGAUCGAAUUAAAUGCUGUUCGUGGAGUCCCAGCGCUCAAUACGUGGUGUCGAGUUCUGCCGAUGGAAAGCUGGUCCUUUGGGAGCCGCGAAGUGGUACAGCACUUACAAAAAUCAGGGCAUACGAUGACUCGGCCAACAAAGUGCUGUUUUAUCCUCUUACCAGAGACAAUUCCGUACCAUUGCUGUUUUCAGUUGGUGGACGGACUUGUAACAUCUGGCAUCCCUUCAGAAAGCAGAACAAACAGAUUCUUUCAGUAAAACUCAACAGAUCAGGCGAAGAGAUUCAAGCUCUUGGGAUAUCUCCCGAUGGUUCUCUGUUAGCUACUGCUGGUACCGAUAAAGCUAUUUCCCUCUCAACUGUUGACAUUUCAUUGGAUCAAAUAGAUGCCCUCCCUGUAGAAUCCGCUGACAAAACAAAUCGUGGGACGCUUCUGUGGAAAAAGUACACGCGUAAAGUCAUCGAGCAAAAAAUCAAUACGGCGGGAAGACAUCCUGUAUUGACUCCUGCCAUUGAUUCAACACGAAAAUCCCCGGCAUCGCUAAAUGGCGUUGACAAGCAUGAAGUCGUCCAGCGAAAAACUUCAGGGUCCUUAGUAGGCAUGGCUGUACAAAAGUACGAGAUUGAAGAAAAACACCACGUAGAACGAGCCGAACCUCCUCUUCAUAAUACACCAGAAAAACUGCACGCCGAGCCAGAAGUCGUCCUUCUUCACCAAAGGCAGAAACUUCGUCCGAGGAGCGAGAACUUUUCAGACUUACGUAAAGAAGAUCACCUUGCUAAUGGUCAAAACGAACUACAAAGCGCUAGACAGCUGCUUCGUAAAGUACGUCGAAUGAGUAAUGGAAGUGAAGUGAGCAGCAGUAGUGGCCCAGAGACUAAUGGCCAUGACUAUAGCGUGUUUGCAAAAGUAAAUGGAUGGAAUGAGAUGAGAAACGGAGGACGCCACAAUGGAUACACAUCUCCCCCGUCAGCACCAUCCUCAACUACUGACGAACAAACAACAAUUGUCAAUAUCGAUAGCGAGAGCGACGAUCUUGAUAACACUUACGAUUUUGUUGAUUUUAAUCCUUCACAAGUCCGGGGGGUCAACGUACAGCCCUCCAGUAGAUAUAACCACUUUAACAUUGCGAAUAAUAACCGGGGAUAUCAUCCUAACAACAGCCCUGAUGACGGCGAGUCGACGAGUGUAAGCAGCAGUAGUUAUUACGCCGACAUCGACGACGUAGCUCAAGAAAUGCUGGAAUUAUCGAGAAAAAUAGAGGACCAUCGUUUGUAACUGAAGUCCUCAGACAUACAUGUAACAAGCCUGUAUUGCUGAGAUGCACGCCGGAUAGUUGUGUAACCAAACUUACAAAAAAAUAAUUAACUGGGCCAUAAUUCAUAUUGAAAAUGUCUCUCGCAUAAUCAGGAGCGAUUCAGAAUUGAACGCUUAUACUCAGCACCAGUCGCCUUCUUCUGUAGUUCACUUUCAACUGUAAACUAAGGAUGAAUUGUUAACAUUGUGUUCAAAUGCAUGUCA